AUGCUCACUGCAACCAUGGCUGGCGACAGUGAGGCACGACUCAGGGACCAAGCCGAGAGAGAACAUAUAAUUCGACAGCCUUUUCUCAUCGGUGUGUCUGGAGGAACGGCAAGUGGGAAGUCGUCAGUGUGUGAGAAGAUUAUGGAGUUGUUGGGCCAGAAUAAGAUAGACCACCAUCAGCGACAGGUGGCCAUCCUGAGUCAGGACAGCUUUUACAAAGUUCUCACACCAGAGCAGAAGGCAAAAGCUCUCAAAGGACAGUUCAACUUUGACCAUCCAGAUGCUUUUGACAACGAGCUGAUUCUGAAGACUCUGAGAGACAUUAUCCAGGGCAAAACAGUUCAGAUCCCAGUUUAUGACUUUGUCACCCAUUCCAGGAAAGCAGAGUUUGUGACCGUGUACCAGGCGGAUGUGGUUCUCUUUGAGGGCAUUCUGAUGUUCUACUCACAGGAGGUCCGAGACCUAUUCCAGAUGAAACUGUUUGUCGACACAGACCCAGAUACACGACUGUCUCGCAGAGUGUUGAGGGACAUCAGUGAACGAGGAAGAGAGCUUGAGCAAAUUUUGACACAAUACAUCACAUUUGUCAAACCAGCCUUUGAAGAGUUCUGUCUUCCUACAAAGAAAUAUGCUGACGUAAUCAUCCCUCGUGGAGCUGACAACCUUGUGGCAAUAAACCUGAUUGUGCAGCAUAUUCAGGACAUUUUGAACGGGGGAUUCACCAAACGACAGAACGGUUGCCUGAAUGGUCACAUGUCCCCCAGGCAGAGAAAACCUUCUGAGUCCAGUCGGCCUCACUGACCCCCUGAAUCCCUUCCCCUAAGGAGGAGAGGGUUACGCUCUAUUUAAAUGCCAGUGGAUGCCUUUUCAUUGGAUGCACGACAAUGAGGAGAUGAAAGAGCUGAAAGGCCUUUGUUAUUGUUGAAUUAUAUUGUUAUUAUUAUCGCAGUUUACUGUCAUACUUUUUUUUUUUUUUUUUUAACGGAGGUUGAAAACCCUUCUGUUGAUGUGGUUACAGUGGUUGGUUGGUUGAAAUGCUUGACUGGUUUUUGUCGUUGUCAUUUUCUGCUGUCUAAACAAUAUUGAGAAAUAAAUGAAACAGCACUGACAGGUAUUUCUCAGUUCAGGCUGCCGGCACGGCCACCCUUGGCAGUUAUAAUGGCUGACAUCUUUAGAGUGUUUGUUUUUGCUUGAAAAUGCAACAGGAACGUGUGUGAUUGGCACAUAAAGUCUGGACUGAAAAGGAAUACAGGUUUGGCCCACCUUAGUUAGACAGGGUGGUUAUUUUUCUAAGAACAGAACAAAGACCUAUGUUUGUCCACAACUCAGAGUUGAGGUAGGUGUCUGUUUGUGUUUGUGUGUGUGAGAGAGAGAGAGAAGUACAGUGGGUGUGUACACAGUUGUAAAGACGUUAACUCUUCACUUACGUUGCUGAUCUGGUGGCCGCUUUGAAAACUUAACAUUUUUUCUCACACUGGGAAAUAAUUACACAUUUACAUGAUUCAGCUCAGACAGUUUCUAAUAAAUGUGAGGGAUAGUGUUGUAUAAACUGUGUCAGAGGUGAGAGUGAAGGACUGGGCAACUACAUGUCCAUCCUACAAACGCUUCAUUGUUGUUGCCGUGAUCUAUGUCAUUCGCACACCAAAACUUCUGCUUUUGACUGAAAUAUUUUUUUUGGACACAAAAGUCAAAUUUUACAUAAGAAGUCACUGCCUUUUCACUACAUUUAACUUUUCCAUCCCUAGGUAACGAGAUCUACUGUUAAUGCAUGUAAAAAUAAAUCACAUUGAUUUUUUUUUUCUUUUCAAAAUGCUGCAAUAGCAUUCCAGCUGAUUGUGAUUCCCUGGCUGGAAAUUAGCCAAAGAGGAGGAAGUUGUUUUCUGUAUGGCUGAUGGCUUUCCUUCUGUGUUUCUACACUGGCCCCAUUUUGUGUCAUUACAUGCUUGGUUCAAUGGUAAUUGAACAGCAGAAGAAAUGAAUUCAUGGACCAUGAGAAGAAGUAGAAAAUGUAAAUAAGUAUUACAAAACAAGCAUCAUAUAUAAAAUGGGUGCUUUUGAAAGGCUUCCAUUAACUGAUAUUCAGAACUCGCAUUAUGAUGAUUUACAGACCAGGGGAAUGGCAAUAUCAAAUGUAUUUAGUUUAUACAGAGAUAGCUGUUAGUUAUAACAACAGAUAAUUCUGGAAAUCGUUAUGCAUACACAAUUUUAUGAGGUGAAAUUGUUAAUACUGUUUAUUGUAUUUUUUGUAAGCUGAUUUCUGAAAUAUAAUGAAAAUAAAAACGGAA